CACAGACAAAACUCCCUCCCUCUCUCAUUCACUCACUCACUUUAGGCCAAUCCGUCCUCUCUCUCUCUCUCCCUCUCUCCCUGUGUCUCUCUCCUACUCUGAGACAGAGUCAGAACUCUUCUCCCUGACAGCCACAAACAUCUACAGCACUCAUUGCAUGCAGAGAGGGAACCUGCAAACAAAACUUCACAGAAAACUUUUGGUUCUUUUUCCAGAGAAUUUGCUGAAGAGAAGGAAAAACAAACAAACAAACAAACAAAACAAACCAGCCCAAAAAACAAAACAAAACAACAACAAAAAAAAAACUGUGCGUGAAGGGGGAGGAAAAGCAGGGCCUUUUAAAAAGGGAAUCACAACAACUUUUGCUGCCAGGAUGCCUUUGCUUUUGAAGAGAGGAUUUUUGUUGGUGCUUUGCUGGAUUAUAGUGAGGAGUUCCCCAACCCCAGGAUCCGAAGGGCACAGUUCAGUCACUGACUGUCCAUCAUGUGCCCUUGCCACGCUCUCCAAGGAUGUGCCCAGCUCACAGCCUGAGAUGGUGGAAGCAGUAAAGAAGCACAUACUGAAUAUGUUGCACUUGAGGGACAGACCUAAUAUCACCCAGCCGGUGCCCAAGGCAGCACUUUUAAAUGCCAUCAAGAAACUCCACGUGGGAAAGGUGGGAGAGGAUGGCUAUGUGGAAAUAGAGGAUGAUGUUGGAAGAAGAGCCGAAAUGAAUGAAGCUGUGGAGCAAACCUCAGAAAUCAUCACUUUUGCGGAAUCAGGCACACCCAAGAAAAUGUUGCACUUUGAGAUUUCCAAGGAAGGCAGUGAAUUAUCGGUGGUGGAACACGCUGAAGUGUGGCUCUUCCUGAAGGUCUCCAAGGCCAACCGGAGCAGGACAAAAGUGACCAUCCGCCUGUUCCAACAGCAGCGGCAGCCAAAAGGCAACUCUGAAGGAGCAGAAGAGAUGGAGGAUGGAGGGCUGAAAGGUGAAAGGGGCGAGACUCUGAUUUCAGAGAAGGCAGUGGACACGCGUAAGAGCACUUGGCACAUCUUCCCUGUCUCCAGCAGUGUGCAGCGACUCCUGGAUCAAGGGAAGAGCUCCCUGGAUGUGCGGAUUGCCUGCGACCUGUGCCAAGAGACUGGAGCCAGCCUGGUGCUACUGGGCAAGAAGAAGAAAAGGGAAGAUGACGGAGAAGGAAAAGAAAAGGAAGCCGGAGAACUCACUGGGGAAGAGGAAAAGGAGCAAUCACAUAGGCCCUUCCUGAUGAUGGUCGCCCGGCACGCUGAGGACCGCCAGCACAGGCGGAGGAGACGAGGCCUCGAGUGUGACGGCAAAGUCAACAUCUGCUGCAAGAAGCAGUUCUUCGUCAGCUUCAAGGACAUAGGGUGGAGUGACUGGAUCAUUGCACCUACAGGUUAUCAUGCCAACUACUGCGAAGGAGAGUGCCCCAGCCAUAUAGCAGGCACAUCUGGUUCAUCGUUGUCUUUCCACUCCACUGUCAUCAACCAUUACCGCAUGCGGGGCCAUAGCCCCUUUGCCAACCUCAAGUCGUGCUGUGUGCCCACCAAGCUGCGGCCCAUGUCCAUGCUGUACUACGACGAUGGCCAGAACAUCAUUAAGAAAGACAUACAGAAUAUGAUUGUGGAGGAGUGUGGCUGUUCAUAGGCACACGUGCACGCAAGACCCUUCUCUGUUAACCUGAGAAGCAAAUAUUGUAAAAGCCCAAGAAGAGGAAAGACCUGACAUGGUAUAACCUUUUUGAAUGAAACAAUCAACUGAAAUAAAAGCAAAAACAAAAAAAGAGAGAGAAAAGAGAGAAAAAAAAAGCUGACCUGAGGAGGAUCAGAAAAGACUAAAGAUAUACAAAGGAAGAAAAAAGAAAGCUUCAUGACCAGGGCUUGAGUGAGAUGCAUUUGAAUGGCGGUAUGGGUCGGGGAUUUCCCCUUCCUUUCAGUAUGCUCCUUAUCUUAUUAGAUAGUAUAUUAAACAUUACCUGUAACAAGGGGAGUUAUGUUCCCUCCCCUGGUUACCCAUCAGUUCAAGCCGUGGUAGCAGCUCAUCUAACCUGCAGCAAUUUGGACUAAGUCCAAAAUGUCAUUGAAAUUCCUUGAAAAGCCAUGUGUAUGAACACUACAUUCACUGGCACUUUCCCCCCACAAUUUACCAAGGAACUGAGUACGUGUGUAGUGUCUGUAUGGAUAUAUAUGUGGCUAUGUAUUUAUAUACGUAUCUGUAUACAUACAUACACUACACACAUCCAUAUACUUACUUAUAUUGGUAAAGGGACAAUAAUGUGCAGGUGUAUACACCUUCAUCUUCUGCACUACAUUUACAAAAAAAAAAAAAAAAAAAAGGAAAAAAGGAAAAAAAGAAAAGAAAAAUGAAGAAAAAACAAAAUAAAAAAUAAAAAGAACGAAAGAAAGAAUAAAAGUUACAUUUUGUAAAGGUGCUUACAACAUUAGAACUAUGCAACCUAGUUGGUUUGAAACUGUUUACCUGUGAGAGAAAGAAAAAAAAAACAGAAAGACUUUUUUUUUUAAAUGGAAGUAACUUGUUUUAAAACAAAAUUCUUCAGUGAGAGAUACUUGAAAGGAACAUGUUUGUCCAGUUACUGGAGCCAAACAUUUCUAUAUUUUGUAAAAAAAAUUUUUAAUCGUUUACUAUUUGCACUACAAUGGUGUCUGACCUGUCUAAUCCUUAUUUAACAAACAUUUGCAAGGGAGGGUGGUUGGGUGUGGGAAGGGUUGAGAGCUGCACUUAUUGUGAGCUAUACAAGAACUGCUACAGCACACAAAAUAGCUAUUUUUAUUAUUAUAAUUAUUAUUAUUAUUUUAUACCUUAAAAAGAAUAGACACAUACACCAAAGACAUUUGUGCGAGCCUCUAAAAAGUCUGUUUGUGGUUGGUACCAUUCACCUGUAAUAAGUUAGGGUUUGAAUUAAGGGUCAGUGGAUUGAUUACAUUCAGGCUAGUAUAUCUGUUAACUAGAUAAAUUCAAAUACUGCCCUCAACAGAAAAUUGCAAUUCGAAGUUAGCUCUGGAUUUCAAAAGCCCAGAAAAGCCCUGGGAUUUGGAUCCAAGGUGCCUGGAUCCAGUGCCCAUCUAGGUAUAAUUGUACUCAUUUUGCAUGUACAACACUAAGACUCAUCCCUGCCGCACAGCACCUGUGCAUUGCUGGGAAACAACUUUAUACAAGCGAUAUACAUAUAUAUAUAUGUAUAUAUUUCUGUAUGUAUAUAUGUAUGUAUACACAAGGUAUAAGCACUUCUGGCUUCACUUUAAUGUUCUUAAAACAAUGAAUGUUUGUGUGCAAAGCACAGUAUAUUAAAAGGUUGUCUGUUUGUUACUAAUAUGUGGGAGGGACAUGUUCAAAAUAGUAUCUGUGUGAGAGAAACCUAAAGUGCUGGUGUACACUUCGAAAGUACUGAUGUAAAACUGCAAGCAGCUUUGGGCCCUGCCCACCAUCGCCCCGGCAAAAUGUACCGAAAAUGGAAGUUGUGGUAGGAUUUCUGUUUUCAAUGCCGUCUUUAGUGGAAGACUGGCUGACUCAACCACCACCCUUUAGCACGGCAACUCUGAAGGGGGUUGCGCGUUUAAGACCUAAUUUUCAGUGUCAACACCUAACCUGAAGGGUCCAACCCAUAGGGCAUAGGUAGAUAGGUUGUUAAAAAAUUCUAUCGCUGCCGUAUUUAAAAGAAUGUUAAAGUUACAACAUUUGUCUUUGGCUAGGGGGAGAUGAGAGGAGGGAACGGGAGAAACCUUGAGGCCCUGUUUACACUGAAUUCGAUAACCCUGAGCCUGAAGCUCCAGACUCUCACGGGUUUGCAGGACCGAGCCCUUGUUAGGUGCCUUCUGGUGAGGGGGCUUCAAAACACCCCUCACCGAAAGAAGCGCUAACACAGCUCCCCGCCUCGUUGAGAGCACGGUUUGUGAAAAAAGAAAAAAUUAAAAAAAAAAACCCCUAUAGCACAAUUUAACCCAGUCACAUUGGCUAGGGAUAGCAUGUUAGCACCUUCAUGGCGAGAACCAUGUUUAAACAGUGUAAUCAGGGCCUUCAUUUUUGUCAGCCAAAACUGUUUGUGUGCGCGCAUGUGUGUGUUCUCCAUGUCUGUGUGUGUGCACAUGUAUGUGCGCGUGGGCGCACAUCCAUAUUUGUAUGUAUUAAUAGAGAUUUUUAAAAAAAGAAAAAAAAAGAAAAAAAAGGCAGAAAAGAAAAAAAAAAGCCCUUUCCUCUGUUGAAUAAAUAUCAACAUACAUGCUUAUAGCUGAGUUUUCUAUCUAAUUUAUUCCACAGUAUUUAGAUUGCAUAGUACAGCUAAUGGGUUAUACAUUUAUGUACUUUUUAUACAAUGCAUUUUUUACAGACUUGUUUGCAGUUUGCAAAAAAAACCCUUUAAAAAAAUUGUAACAAUUGGGUAAACACUAAAUUUGUCACUAAAGCAUUCUGUAAAAUAUCAAGGCUUUCUGAUUUAAAUUAUUCACAGAAGUUUGUUGGGUUUUUUGUAUUUUCUUCCUGGGGAGAAGGAGGGAGGGAUGCCAAAUGCUAGUAGGAAAAAAAAUAAAAUAAAAAAAGAAGAUGCACAACUAAUUUAUCUUUAUAACUUAAACAAAACAAGUUGCUGACCCUGCUUCACAUGAAGCAAGUGGCAGAAUUGCUGUUGAUUUUUCUAGAAGCAGAGCCAGGCUCUGCAACAGCAGGGGCAGAGACAUAGCCUAUGACGGUUGUUGAAAAGAGGACCUUUUAUUUCUCUGGGCUUUGCAUCAGGCCUUAAAAUUGUAAGUGUGUUAUUGCAAAACCCUUACUGGUGUCAAUAGUCUCAUUGACCACUCCUGGUCUCCUUACAAGAGUAGUAAAACUAGUCACAGGAGUAAAGGUAAGCCAGAUCGAGGCGCAGAUUUGUUUCACUGUAGACAGUGCGAGGGGAAAGGAAGGAUUGUGAAUGAACAGCACCUUAGCCAGCAGUGGCUGAUUUGAUUAGUUAAAGCUGUUUUGCAUCACGGUUGGUCUCUGACUCUAGUGGCGAGGGAAGCAGGUGAGAUGGCUCACGUCAGCAAAGAUUAUGCUCAAGUUUGAUUAGCUGGAGAGAAUGGGAGACCUGAAAUUCCUGUGUCUUCCCCUAAGCGACAAUGGCAAAACUCCCAUAGGCAGCAAGUGGAGUAAGAUGUGGCUCAUGGUUUUCCUGGCCAAAGCAGACAGAGCCUAUAAAAAGGAGUUUGAUACUGAUGCUAAUUUUGAUGCAAGCUUUUAUGUGGUGAAUGGGGGCUGGUCCUGGAAAACAUGAAACUAGCAUGAGACAAUUCCCGAGUGAGGAAAGAAAAGAGGAUUUUAGAUGUGGUGAGUGGGUUACAUGAUAGAUACUCGCUGAUUUGAAAACCUUCUUCUGUUUUCGGUGUAACUGUUCCUAAGCCCUGCUUUUUAGCUUUCAUUUGUGUGUAUACCAUUCUCAAAUUUUAAAGGUUUCUCCCUCCAAUCUCUAGAUUCAGUCAUGGGGUUUUGAUUUGUGGUCAGAAUUAUUUAAAGCAGGGGGAAAUGAAAAAGUAUAUGAUAAAUUAAAAUAAGAAAUCAGGAUGUUAAUCAAGACUGACUGAUUCCAGCAAAACAUCCCACCCCUGAUAAUUUGGUUUAAUUAAACCUGCAUGUACUUAAAAUAGCAUUAGAAAUUGUUACCAUAUUUGACCAGUUCUUCAAGGACAUGCAGUCUCAGAAAUAAUUCUCCUUUCAGGUAUUAGUAUACCCCCCAAAAGCCUUUAACUACUAACACAUUCCUUUCCAUAUAACCCAUUUCCUGUUAAUAUUGAAAUAUAUUUUCAGUAUAUAUUUGAUCACCAAAAUGUACCUGUUCUGUGCCUCCACAAUCUUCUUGCUUCAUGGUUGACCACAUUUGGUUGUCUUUCCCCCUCCCCAGGUCAGAUGCUCACUGCAUACAAGGCCUAAGGAACUGGCAGAAAUGCACAUUGAGAAGUUUCUUUGGGAGGGCUGAAUGUAUUUGUAUUCUUGGGGUUUUGCAAAGCAAAAUGCUUACAGAUGCUUAUAAUUAUUCUGCAGUUAUAUGUCACAGCAGAAUACUGAUAUAGGGCCCAAAACUGCAGAACUGAACGAAGUGGGAGUUUUGUCAUUGACUUCAGUAGAAACAGUCUCUUACCAAUCAUUGCAAAACAGUACUCCAUCAUAAAUACCUGCUUCUUUGUAUUUAGUUGUGAUUCAAGCAAUCAGAUUCAUUUAACUGUAACACCACAAGGCCAAGGAGAGGUGAGCAGCAAUAUCUCUGAGUUAGAGAACUUCAGGCAUCCGUAAAGUCUGCGUGCAAAAUGAAAAUUUUUAUGGACUAUAGUUAUUCAUGUGGAAUAGUGCCUUACUCUGUAAGCAAUGCUGUUGAUUUCAGAGAGUCUCCUUUCCUAGCAAGUAGGAACAAAGUGAGCAGAAUCUAUUUCUGGAGUGUAGGUAGAAGAGAUGUGGUGGAAAUUAUUAAGUUCUUUAACUCAAACCUCAUGUCAAAAUUGUGCAUCAGUAUAAGAAUCAGAUGCUAAUCACUUUCCUUAGGCUGAGAAGAACUUUACUCUCCAUGUGCUCUCGUUGCAUCACGUGUGGAGUAAAAAGCUGCUCAAUAUGAAUAAAUAACAUCAUAAUUUGACCUUUCAUGAACAAUUAGAAGCAACAUUUUCAUGGGCAGAAAAAAACAACACUUCCGGGUUAUAUAGCUAUUUAUUUCUUGAGAUACAGUGAAUUUGUAUUAAUUCUCAAUGGGUUUUUUCUAUUUAAAUGCUUUCAAAAACAGUACAUUGACGAUGGAUUGAAGAUAUAUAUGUAUAUGUACAUAUACAUAUUAUAUAUAUAUCUACAAUAUAUAUAUACACACACAACAAAUAUAUAUAUGUAUAUACAUAUAUAUAUAAAUUAUGAAAGCCAAGAUAUUAUGAAGCCUAUUUUGUUUUUAUCAUUUUGUUUUGUUGUUGAUAUUAUUAUUAUUAUUAUUAUUAUUAUUGUUAUUAUUAUUAUUUUGCAUACUACAUGCAGUGCUUUAACCAAUGUCUGUUUGGCUAAUGUAAUUAAAGUUGUUAAUUUAUAUGAGUACAUUUCAACUAUGUCAAUGGUUUCUUAAUAUUUAUUGUGUAGAAGGACUGGUAUUUUUUUUAUUUACAUUAUGUUUAAAGAGGUAACAGUUUGAUAUGUUCUCAUUUGUUUAUAUUAGAAGUUAUUUAUUUUCACAGCAUUCCGUCUGAUAUUUUGAUAUUUGGAAGGCAUGCUACCUAUACUUUGUACAGUUAGUGGGCAGUAUUCAGCAGCUCCCAGUAGAUUUUUAGGCCCUUUGUUAAAUAAAAGACCUGUUUGGGAUUUUUAUUUUAGAUCUUUCUUAUUGGUUUGCCAGGACCACUCAGCGCACUUAUUGCCAGAUACUCUGCCUGCGUGACCAAUUUAUUCCUACUGUAUUUACCUAGGACAGAGGACCAAAAACACCUCUGGUGUAAGUCCAGUGACUUCAGUGAAGUUAUACCAGAGAUGCAUUUGGCUCACAGAGAAAACGCUUGUGCAAAUCAAUGCAAAGAAAAGGCAGAAAGAAAGAAAGAAAGAAAGAAAGAGUCUUUGCAUUUGGAAGAGGAUUUCAAUGUAUUAAAAAUGUUUGGGUCAGCUACUAUUUUAUUUUACUUUGUUCUUUUUGUUAUCUUGCUCUUUCUUAUACAACAACAGCAACAACACAAGUGAAAUAAAUAAAGGGAGUUUCACCAAG